AUGGAGAUAGGUAAAAUAAGGGGGGGUAGGAAAAAUAACGGAGACACGCCAGAAAAAGGAGCCAAUAAAGUAAUGGCACUAUGUCAAGAUGAUGUGCAUACACAAAAUGAGAGAUGUAUCAGUAAUGCUGAAUACAAGAAUAAAUCGCUGAGACGGGGAAGCGUCCAGGAUUGUCCAAAAAUAGAAUACAUGAAAAAAAAAUCGAUAAAAAUGCAUUAUCUGUGGAAGUGGUCAAAAAAUAGCCAUUUUGAGAAACUUGCAAAAAAUAUUGAUACUUUGGAAAUUUUUAAACAAAUAAGAAAUUUUGUAAAAUUUUCAAAUAAUGCUCAACUUUGA